AUGGCCGCCGCCGCAGUCCAAAGCGCACCCAUCAUCAACACCCAGCCGCGGGUGCAGAUUGCGCACCAGGCAGACUCCCGCGUCCCCAAGCACGACGUUACAGCCAAUCUCAACUUUUACCUCGACAAUGCCGACGGCUCUCCCCCGCCUCCCACCUACGUCGACAAGCCCGAGACGUACCAGCAGAAAAAGGACACGCAUCAGGUGCUCAUCAAGGACAUUGCCGGCGAAGAGGACAAGUACACCCUCGACCGUAAUGGCUUCCAGGUUUUCCAGCGUGCCGUGACGGAGCGGGACUUUGUCGACGAUGAGCAAAUCAAGGCAGGCUACUACGCCGAAACUGAAAAGCUGCUCAAAGACGUAACCGGCGCCGACCGCGUCUUCAUCUUUGACCACACCAUCCGCCGCGUGCCCGCCGGCACCAAGCUCGACAAGACGGCGCGCCCGCCCGUGCAGCAGGUGCACAUUGACCAGACCUACGCCGCCUCUCUGUCGCGCGUGCCGCACCACCUGCCCCUCGAAGCCGACGAGCUCGUCCGCGGGCGCGUGCAAAUCAUCAACGUCUGGCGCCCGAUCCGCACCGUGCGCCGCGACCCGCUCGCCGUCGCCGACGCCCACUCGGUGCCCGAGACGGACCUCGUCCCGCGCCAGCUCAUCUACCCGAACCGCAACGGCGAGACGUUUAGCGUGCGGCACAGCCCCGGCCAGAAAUGGUACUACCGAUCCGGGCUCGCCCCGAAUCAGGCGCUCCUGAUCAAGUGCUUUGAUAGCAAGACGGAUGGGAGGGCCCGGAGGGUGCCGCAUACCGCGUUUGAGGAUCCGGCCACGCCGGCGGAUGCGCCGACGCGGGAGAGUAUUGAGAUUCGCGCGCUGGUUUUCCACACGACGGAUAGGGACUGA